AUGCGGGGCGACACGUCGAGCAAGCUGCGUAUGUCUUAUUUGGCAUAUCAAGGCACCAUCUACCAAAAGUUUGAGAUCAUAGACACAAACCAAGAAGGAGAAGAGGGGGGAGUUAAGUCGUCGAUGGAGUCCAUCUUCUGUGAUCUGGCACUGGAUUCAGACGUCCUCAUCAGGAAGACAGAUUUUGUGGACGAGUACAACCCCUUCAACACGGAUACCUUGGAAACUGAAACUGUUAUCCUGGAUCAGCAUAGAACAAUUGACUUUUGCCCGAAAGCUGGGGGAUCUUGGUGCGGCAUCCAACGGAACCUUGAUGACCCCGAAAAGAAAGUCCUAGAGUUUGUGCUCGCAUACACUCUCGAGCAAGGCUCCAAAGUCUCCGAUUACAACCCUCGGCUGCCAGAUUGGGAGACGUUUCUCGAGGCUAACGAGCUUCUCCAACCUUAUUCAACAGCGGAAUGGACUGAUGAUCGCAAUCUCAACUUUCACCUGCGAAGGAAACUGGAAUUUACAUUGUCUAUCUGCAGUAUUCCUGUAUAUGCGGCGGAUCCCGAUGGAAUACCUCCCGUUGCUCUCACCUGCGGAGACGUUGAUGGUCACCGAGUGGCAACAGCAGCAAGCUUCUAUGCUUUUCAAAUUUUACUUCUUGGCAUGGAUUGCAUCAAAGCCUUGCAUUCAGCACUUAGAAAACCGCUUUGCAUGUGCGGCCGCGACAAGAGACCUCUAUCAUCUCCGCCACUGCCUUAUAUCUGCAUGACGAAGAGACGGAUCGAAUACGUUUGCGAAGGCCAUAUGAAAUGGGUCUUUCAGGGAACAGCCGAGUCUAACAGCCGGUUCUGCCCUGACUACUGGACCAAUGGCGAUGAGAUUGCGAACUGGGAAUCCAAUCGAUGGCUUCCAGGAAAAUCCCUCGUUGACGCCCCUUUUCAAUUCAUUAAAGCGGCGGACUUUUACAGGAUACUCGGAGAAGACAUGCCGUACGAACUGACUCAAAAGGCAAGGGCUGCGUACAGGAAAUGGAUCUGUCACCUUGGGGAGGUCGAGAAGUCUGGAAAGUUCGCAUUCCCCUCUUACAAAGCCAGCGACGAUGGGAAACCGACCGAAACCUUCUAUCUUACAGACCAUGCUCUAAUUUGGCAGGCAGUAACAUCUGCGGAGUCAUUAAAGCUUCAUUCCUCACCCGAGUUUUACUAUGAGAAAAAAGAAAGGUGUUCAGCAGAUAUGUUGCGGGAAAACAUUAUAAAGAGUUUCACCACUGCGAAUCUUCUCUUAAAAAAGAGAAUGAUCGCAGUCACACGAAGUCCCACACAAACCCGAUUCCUUUUCCGCUCUAAAGAUGUUGCUCUUCUUUGCGCUAUGGAAGAAGGGCUGUUCAAGAAAGCCGGCAUCCAAUGGACGAACACCCUUGACUGCCAGAAACAUCAUGAAGGAAAUGAUGACACCGAUUGGAGUGACCCUCGAAGGUUUGCUCUGGCUAUUACAAUGGCUCGACAUGAAAAGCUCAUCAACCUUCGAACCAAAAGGAAAUUGAUAGAGCAAGCCUUAUCAGUCUUGCUCAGCAGCUCAUCUUCCAAUGGACCUUUCACGGGGCUACUCAAUGAACGCCAGGGCCCAGCCGUAUACGAGGACGAUAGAGACAGAGAUAAUUAUUGGACAGUCUCUUUCGAAGUUCCAUAUAUUUGUGGAAAGACUACUGCUCAUGGCCUCACGAUCUUGAUUCCGACACAGGGCGUACCUCGAACUCCACAAACAGCUGUCUCAAGUCCAAAUGCCAGAACAAAAGGGCCAAGAUACCGCUACGGCUACUGGAUGAAGCAUAAUCUCCCCUUCAACAGUGUGAUAGACGACAGCAAAAUUGUGGAGCUGCAAGAUGAGUGGCUUUACAAUGAGCCUGCAUUCUUCGCCAACACUACCGAUGACAGCGUGGGAAGUGAUUCGGAUUCUGAUACCGAUAGAGAGGCUCUUAUGACAACAGUUACCCAUUUCAAGAACGUUUGGCUCCUCAUCAACGUCCCAGAGCGUAAGCCGCAAAAGGGGAAGCGGCCAGUGGGAAGCCUUCAAGUGCGGUACUUCCCGGAGGACAGGGAGGAGGAGUUCAAGGAGACCGCCGACAUUCCAAGAAGGGCCAAGUCGGCUAAGAAGAGAUUUUGGGCUUUCGUCUCGAGAAAGGCAAAGGACAAUUCGAGCUGCACCAAACCCUUUACCCCAGACGAGGAGGAAAGAUAUUUUCCAUAAGCACGAGGACAGCAGAAGCUUUUUCACCGAGGAAACGAUACCAGCACUCAACCUGUGGACGACGGAAUCCCAUGUUGCAUUUUACUCCAAUAUUAAGGAAUAUGUGCGAUGGUAUGUGUGGAAACUGGACAAGG